CACGCUUGCUUCUUGCCUGGACCAUCUCCUCCAUCCUACCGCACCUUCUCGCUCGAUAGCCAUGCAAUUCAAGACCGCUGCUGUUGUCCUCGCCUCGGCUGCCCUCGUCCAGGCCCAGUCCUGCCCCAACGGCCUGCAGGCCACCUUCAACCUCUGCGUCUCCAACGCCCUCGGCGCUGGCAACAACGACGCCUUUACCGCCUGCACCCUGCUCCAGAACGACCAGCCCAGCUACUACAAGUGCCUCUGCGACAAGUUCACUGCCGUCAACCUCUGCUACAGCAACUUCUGCAGCACCGAUCCCGGCGCCUCGGCGUCUCUGCAGCAGCAAACUUCGUUCUGCGGUGCCGUUAGCAACCUUCCCGUUGCCCCCGCUUCGACCACCUCGGUCCCCGCCUUCACUCUGCCCAGCCAGCCCACCACCAGCAGCAGCACCAAGCCCAGCAGCAGCGCUUCUCCCACUACCUCCACCUCCGAUAGCCACAUGACGGCCCCUCUGGCCGGCGCUGCCGCCGUCGUCGCCGCUGUCUGCGCCAUGCUGUUCUGAACACCGCUCACCCUGCCGAUCCCCUCCUACUCAACCAUAGAAUAAUAAACCUGAAGACUGUGCCCAGCAGAUCCGGCGAGUGGAUGCAGCUGCGCUUCGAGCUCUCCUCUUCUCUUUUCUGCAAUGCAGUGCAUUAGCCUCUCGCGGCUGCGCUCUUCGUCCUUGGCCGAGGUCGACGUUUUCUUCAUUUGCCUUCGUAUCUCUCUCUCUCUCUCUCCGCUCGUUGCGGCAGCGACAUCGAUUCCUGCCCGUUUGUUGGCAGCCAAACCUCUAGAACUCUCCGCCCUAUCUACACGCGCACCUCUUGACUCUCAAACCCAAUACAGCUUUCGCUUUUCAUGCU